UGCCAGACCAUACAAAAAUCGGUUGCAUCGAUGAAGUUCCUGCUGAAGAAAUGCCUGAGGAAGAAGGCGCCGGAGAUGAAGCCGGGUGCCAUCCUGGAUGCGGUCAUCUCACAGUCCUCGGCGACGGCCUGCAAGUGCCUUCUGUACAAGCUGGCCGACUACAAGCGGGGCGGAGAUCUGAUUGAUGCCAUCAACUCGGGCGGCCUCAUCGCCGUGGAGCAGCUGAUCCGUGAACAGUUCGGUGUAUUCAUGUACAACGAUGGCAAGGGACAGGUGAUCAAUCGGGCGGAGUUCCUGCGCUGGAAGUACCGCGACCACACGGAGGUGACCAUACCCAUCGAGGCAUCGCUCUCAAUCCACGAUCCGCUCGGCAAAUGGGAGGACCACAAGGCGUGCUGGCAGAUGCAGUACCGCGGCGCCCUCGGGGAGAGUCUGCUCCAUGUGCUGAUCAUCUGCGACUCGAAGAUCCAUACCAAGCUGGCCCGUGUCCUGUUGCGCGUCUUCCCCAACCUGGCGCUGGACGUGAUGGAGGGCGAGGAGUAUCUGGGGGCCAGUGCCCUUCAUCUGUCGAUUGCCUAUAGCAACAACGAGCUGGUGGCGGACCUCAUCGAGGCGGGUGCGGAUAUCAAUCAGCGGGCCAUCGGCAGCUUCUUUCUGCCGCGCGACCAGCAGCGCAUGAAUCCCGCAAAGAGCACCGACUACGAGGGACUGGCCUACAUGGGCGAAUAUCCGCUGGCAUGGGCCGCCUGCUGUGCCAACGAGAGUGUCUACAACCUGCUGGUGGAUUGUGGCGCCGAUCCGGAUGCCCAGGACUCGUUCGGCAACAUGAUACUGCACAUGGUCGUUGUCUGCGACAAGCUGGACAUGUUCGGCUAUGCCCUGCGCCAUCCAAAGACCCCCGCCAAGAAUGGCAUCGUCAAUCAGACGGGUCUCACCCCGCUCACACUCGCCUGCAAGCUGGGCCGGGCCGAGGUCUUUCGCGAAAUGUUGGAGCUCUCGGCGCGCGAGUUUUGGCGCUACAGCAACAUCACCUGCUCUGGCUAUCCACUGAAUGCGCUGGACACCCUCCUGCCCGAUGGCAGGACGAAUUGGAACUCCGCCCUGUUCAUCAUUCUAAAUGGCACCAAGCCAGAGCACUUGGACAUGCUGGACGGCGGAAUCAUUCAGCGUCUGCUUGAGGAGAAAUGGAAGACCUUUGCCCAGAAUCAGUUCCUCAAGCGUCUCCUCAUCCUAUCCACGCAUCUGCUCUGCCUUUCCAUCUCCGUUUAUCUGCGUCCCGCUCACGAGGGUGAGCCCGAGGCAGACUCGGACUCUGCUCUGGCUGCUUCAGCGGCAGCCGCUCUACAGAAUCGAGAGCAGCCGGCGGAAGCCAACGAUGACUAUAAGGCACAGACGGUGGCCAGAUAUUGCGCGGAGCUGGCCACCAUUGCGGGUGUCCUCAGCUAUGUGGUCUUCCAGCAGGGCGAUGAGAUCAAGAAUCAGGGACUAUCCGCAUUCCUCAAGCAGCUGUCGCAUGCCCCGGCCAAGGCCAUCUUUCUGUUCUCGAAUCUGCUGAUCCUAGCCUGUAUUCCCUUUCGCCUGAUUGGCGACACCGACACCGAGGAGGCCAUUCUGAUCUUUGCGGUGCCCGGCUCCUGGUUUUUGCUGAUGUUUUUUGCCGGCGCCAUCCGUUUGACUGGGCCCUUUGUGACGAUGAUCUACUCUAUGAUCACCGGCGACAUGUUCACCUUCGGCAUCAUCUACUGCAUCGUUCUGUGUGGCUUCUCGCAGGCCUUCUACUUCCUCUACAAGGGACAUCCCCAGGUGCAGUCGACGAUGUUCAAUACGUACACCAGCACCUGGAUGGCCCUCUUUCAGACCACUUUGGGUGACUACAAUUAUCCAGACCUCAAUCAGACCACAUAUCCGAAUCUCUCAAAGACGGUGUUUGUGAUCUUCAUGAUAUUUGUGCCCAUCCUGCUGCUGAACAUGCUGAUCGCCAUGAUGGGCAACACAUACGUGACGGUGAUCGAACAGUCCGAGAAGGAGUGGAUGAAGCAAUGGGCCAAGAUCGUUGUCACCCUGGAGCGGGCCGUGCCGCAAUCGGAUGCCAAGGGCUACCUGGAGGCCUAUUCCAUACCGCUGGGGCCAUCGGAUGACUCCGGUUUCGAGGUGCGCGGCGUUAUGGUCAUCAAGAGCAAGAGCAAGACACGGGCCAAGCAACGCAAGGGAGCCGUCUCCAAUUGGAAGCGAGUGGGACGUGUCACGCUUACGGCAUUGAAGAAGCGCGGCAUGACCGGGGAGGAGAUGCGACGUCUCAUGUGGGGACGCGCCUCCAUCUCCAGCCCCGUCAAGGUCACCAAGCAGAAGCUCAAGGAUCCGUACAACACCAUGCACACGGACUCGGACUUCACCAAUGCGAUGGAUAUGCUCACCUUUGCCAACAAUCCGGCAUCCAGCAAUGGCGUCCAGCUGCGCUCAGCAGCAUCGGUGGCCGGUGGAAAGGAGGCGGCGCCUAUCGUCCCAGAUCCCUUUCGGGAGCUGAUCUUAAUGUCGGACGAGCGGCCAGAGCCCCAUGAUCCCCAUUACUUUGCGGGACUGCAGCAGCUGGCCAACAAGGCCUUCGAUCUGGUCGAGCAGACAAUGAAGACACAGCCGCAGACCGCAGGCAAGAACGUGGCCCCUGCACCCAUAGCCACUCCGCUUCCAGUGGCUGCCACUGCUGCUGCAGUCACUUCUUUGCCUCCUGCUGCUGCCACUCCGGCAAUGCCUGCUGUGGCCAUACCAUUACCCAUCACCACACUGGGCAAUCUGUUCCAGGACCCCAAGGACGUUGUGGAUCCCAAGAAGCUGGAGGAAUUCAUGGCCAUGUUGGCCGAGGUGGAGACGGAGGAGAGCGACAGUGGGGGGCCCAUUCUGGGCAAGCUAUCGCUGGCCAAGCGGACGCACAAUGCCCUAUCCAAGGCGGACAUACGGCGGGAGCACGACACGAUGGGCCUCGAUGGGCACAGUCAGGGCCAGUUUCAGGCCAUGUCCUCGGUCUGGGCACCGCCCGGACUGGACGUCAGCACGGGCUUUCACUUUGAUGAGGCCGUAGCCGAGGAGGUGCUGACCAUUGAGCAGGAGGCCGAGGUGGAGACCGAGGACGGCAAUGGGGGCCAGGAUAGCGAGGAUUUGCCCACCACCGAUGAGGUGCAUGCCACCAUGAAGCAGUUCCAUUUGCGCAAGUGCCAGCCGUCGCAGGAUGAGGCCGCCCGUCGGGCCAAGAGUGCGCGCGUUCGUCGAAGGAAUAAAGUCUCGCCGGAACAGAGCGAGGAGGAGGAGCGGCGUCAGCAGCGUGGACGUACGGCUCACGGCCGUAAGAUGCCGUCACCGCCCGAUCCCCUGGAGCCAUGGAGCACCCGUGAGCUGCAGGAUAUCAACAAGAUUCUGGCCAGAAAGUAACAGAGA